ACUGCAGUGAACACUUGCUCAAUCCACUUUUGCCUACUGAGAUAGAGAAGACAUCAGCUCCAACAUGCCUUCAGUGGGGAUGGAGAUACUUGGAGUGACUCUGGGUUUCCUGGGAUGGAUUUUGGCCACUGUAUCCUGCGCUUUGCCUGCGUGGAAAGUGUCAGCUUACAUUGGGGCGAACAUUGUCACAGCCCAUAUGACCUGGGAAGGUAUCUGGAUGGAUUGCGUUGCCCAAACCACAGGUCAUGUACAGUGUAAAUUCCACGACUCCAUGUUGGCUCUAAGCAGAGAUGUUCAGGCCGCCCGCGCCCUCACUGUCACUACCAUUGUGUUUUCCAUUGUGGGAAUCCUGGUGGCCAUGAUGGGGGCAAAAUGUACCAACUGCUUGGAAGAAGAGUCGGCCAAGGCUCGGGUGAUGCAAGCUGCCGGGGUGGCCUUCAUCCUGGCUUCUCUGACCGAGCUGAUCCCUGUGUCGUGGUGCGCCAAUAGGAUCAUCGUGGAUUUCUACGAUCCAAACGUACAUACUCCAUGGAAGAGGGAGAUAGGUGCAGCUCUGUACCUGGGCUGGGCUGCAGCUGCAUUUCUUCUCAUUGGAGGGGGUAUCCUCUGCUCCAGUUGCCCUCCGCAACCUGAGAGAAGGUAUGGGCCUCCAUCAAAAAUGAUAUACUCCCAAAGCAGGUCGCCCCAAGCAGUGGCCCCAAGUGGUUAUGAUAGGAGAGACUAUGUCUGAACGUGCACCUGCCCUUUUCUUACACCUUUGCCAUUAUGGAAAAAAACUGCUUAAAGAGAACUAGUGAGGAGAGUAACGACUUCUGUCUUCGUGUUGAGAUGGGGAAAACUCCUAUAUUCAUGCCACCAUAUAAUGUACUGUAUGCUCUUUUGAACAGAGCCUACAUCAAACAAAAAAAAAAGCUUUGUGUGUAACUUUGAGGCUGUUGGAAGCACUCACGCUAACAAUAUAUUGAUGAUGUGAUUAGUCCUGUAGUUUAUACUCUGUAUUGUCUGUGUAUGUGUUUUAUAAAGAACCUUCAGUUUUGAUUAAGUCUAGGAAGCCUGUCAUGAAGCAUAAUGCAGAUAUUUUUUAUCUAUCUAUCUAUAUGUUUUAUAAAUCAGUUAAUCAUCGAAUGUUUUCAUGUCUGACACGUUACGUUUUUGAUUAAAGGUCCUGUUUUUUUACUUCUGUUGUCUUGAUCAUUAAAAAUUUUGACACUGUU